AUGUCGAUCCCUGCAUCCACGAACCAGUUGGUUGAAUCGCUAGAACAAUACGAAGACGUUGUAUUGUGGAUUAACGACACACUCACACCAAGAGAUGGCGACGAUGACGACAGCUCUCCUCUUCCCCUCACCGACCUCACAGAACUAGACCAUCAAAUAACGCAGCUCUUGACGACCCUCGAUAUCGCCUCGGAGGACGCGUCGGCGCAAAUAGAACGGCUCAUAGAUGAUGUAUCGCGUGGUAUACCACGUCUGGCAUAUGACCUCCAUUUCAUGAAGGAUGGCGCAUCCACUCUGCAAAACGCACUGGUUGGUGUACUGCAGCGAUCUCGAGACGCUAUUCCGAAGGAGACAAGCGAAGCACUGGACAACCUACACCAGCUAGACACUGUGAAGGGCCGGAUGGAGGCAGCACGCGAGGUUCUACGAGAGGCGGAGAGCUGGAGCACCCUUGAACACGAAGUCACCUCCCUUAUCGCAGAGAAGAGCUAUGCAAAAGCCGCGGAAAGACUUUCCGAGGCAAACAAGAGCAUGGUGGUUUUCCAAAAUACCCCCGAAUACGAUCCACGUCGCAAUCUCAUGGUCAACCUCCAAAAUCAGCUCGAAGCUGCUCUCAGUACCGCCCUUGUUUCGGCAAUUAACGCGCAGGAUUCGAAUGCAUGCAAAGAGUAUUUCUCGAUAUUCGCAAUCAUUCAACGGGAAUCGGAGUUUCGCAACUAUUAUUACGCAUCUCGAAGGUCCGGCAUCGUUUCGUUGUGGCAGAAUACCCCACUGGUCGAUUGCGAGGCGUCUAACGAAGUGGCAACUCAGGGUUUCGCGGAUUUCCUGCCCAAAUUCUACACCAACUUCACAUCCCUUCUGAACACGGAACGGACAUCGAUAUGCGCGAUCUUCCCGGACCCAUCCUUCACACUGUCGCAAUUCAUUUCGUCGACCAUGUCUUCAUUACAGCCCACCAUGCCGCAGCGUCUGACUUCUUAUUCGUCUCAUCACGGAGAACUAUCCUUGACGCAAUUAAUCUCAGUUCUGCGAGCAACGGAGGAAUUUGCAACAGGAGUCGAGAAAAUUAUGGAGAAGGUGCAAUUUGCGACAUCACCCAUGCUGCCACCCAAGAGUAUUUCGACCCCCUUUGACAAGCCUCAGUCACAUCGGAGGCGGUCUAGCCGAAUGUCCAUAUCUCUUCGGCCCCAGCCCGCUGCCGUGGCCUCCUCCAUGAAGCCUGUCACCGACUCCCUCGACAGCAUGGAGUGGGACCAGGAGGUGUUUCAACCAUUCCUUGACUUUCAGGUCGAUUAUGGGUCCUUGGAGCGUCGUUUCUUGGAACAGUCGCUGUUGAACAUCAUCACAAGUGACACCCGCGAAAAGGUGCAGGCCGCGGACCGUCCCCGUCUAUUCAGGGAGCGAGCGAUUGACAUUUUCGGAGUCGCCGAGGGCAGCAUGGGCAGGUGUAAAACCUUCACGCAUGGAUAUGGUGCUGUGGGCCUGGUCCAGGCCCUCGACGGCUUUUUUCAGUCAUUUGUGGACAUGUGGACUGCUGAUAUCCAGACGGAGCCCUACAGUUCGUCGUCUCUCGUAAAGAAUUCAAUAUCCGACGGCGAACUCUCGGACCUGGACUAUACUGCACAGGAUUGGUCUGACAUCCAGCUCUCUCUUCAUCUUCUUGCUUCGGGAAAAUCAGUAUUUGACCGAAUGAUGACAUUCGAAACCAAGUUGCGGACGUAUCUAUCGCAGGUCGCCUCGCAGUUCCGACUUGCCUUCAGUGACCCGUCCAAUUUCUUAAUCGCGGCAACGAAGGGUGAAAGCCAGUUGCUGGAACAAUCAACUCUUAAUUCUGCAGAAUUGCAUUCUUUGCUUCUCAGCAUAGAAAACGAAUCGAAUCCCCGCGAACCUCCGUUUUCCGCGUCGCUCCGUCAUCAACCUGCCGCUCCACCACCAGUGCCCGAACCUUUGCUGCUCAAUGCUAGAAAGGCGCUAUCCACAUUUGCCCAGGCAUGUCAAAUGUCGACCACGAAGACCAUUCUAUGUCCUCUUCGCAACCAUCUUGCAGGAUAUGCGUCUUCACCGUCCUGGAGGUCCAAUGCUGAUCCUGCCCUCAUGACAUCGAGCAAUGAUUUACGAGUGCCUACCUUCUCUUUGUCGCCCAGCGACACCGUCCAAAGAGUGGCCGAAGGGCUUCUAAAUCUGCCACGUCUCUUCGAGGUGUAUGCCGACGAUGACGCACUCGCAUUUUCUUUGCAGACACUUCCUUUCGUGGAGGCUGAGAUGUUACAAAAUCUUUCAGAACAAACGCAAGAUCUACCCAACCAACAAUCCCACCGACGGCGCCCUUCGAGUUACAUGAAACCCAAUGCGAUUGAUGCAGAGGUUGUUUCCUCAGCUUGGCUCGUAUCUCUGGGACACACCUUCCUCGAGUAUCUUACAGCUGAGAUCCUUCCUGCAAUACCGUCGUUAUCUGUUGCGGGAGCCGCUCAGUUAAGCUCUGAUCUGGAGUAUUUAUCAAACAUCGUCCGGGCCCUCAACGUCGAGCAUAGUGCCCUUGAAAGAUGGAAGUCUUAUGUUGGCAUGGAUGCUGCUGACGGGAUCAAGACUUUGAACGAGAGUAUUUCCGACCCAGUUGAUCCUGUUUUAGAGCGUGUCGCUAAAUUGUGCGGGUGGCGAUAA